AUGAAGAGAUCAUUACUACUGGAGCCCUUUGGCGAACAACUCACGUGUAUUGAAAGACUACGAAGCCAGAACCUGGCCAGUGGGUACUCCAAGAGAAAGCAUCAGGCGACUGGUAACCAAAAACAGUACGCCUUGGCAGCAGUGGCAGCAGCAGCAGCUGUGAAGCAAAACCAGGCAAUGUAUUCGUUUAACGAACUGCAAAGGUACGUGAAUCCAGGUCAGAAUGGUUAUAGCGGACAGAAUGGGCAGAAUGGGCACCUUAGAAAGCUUCCGUUGAUGUACCUGAACAUGGACUAUAUGAGUGCCCUGAUGGCUGGCCAGGAGCAGGCAAGUGGACAGGCUUAUUAUAAAACAGGUCAGGAGAAGACAGGGUAUCCUCAGGGGAUGAACCAGAGUUAUGGUGGGUACCAGGGCAGUCUGGGCCAGAACUAUAGGAACUACCAGAAUGCCCCAACGAGUCAGGGCCAAGCCCAAAACAACCAGACGCAGGGUAAUUAUCUGGCUUUCGGUUCCCAAGGUAACGCUGGAGAGUACAACACUGGGUACUCUGGCAAUGGACACGGCAAUGGCAUGAACAAUACCAAUAGCAUCUACAACAUCGACGAGAACACGGGAAUGUUUUCGUCAAACAUAUUCAACAUGGCGCCAUCGCUGUCCCAAGACACUGCAUCGGUACUCAGCUCUUCAUCUCGAGGUUUCGAUAACAUGUCUACUCACUCGUUGCAGACCAACCAGUCUUCAUCUACUCAGUCUGUGUUUACUACCAGAGCCCUGCCUCCAACUACUGGCAGAGAGUAUGGCUACUCCGAGUCGCCUGGAAGCAGCAGCGAGUCAGAACUUCCUCUCAAUGGCGGAAAACCCGCCUCUUCUGGCCUCGAGUCCAGCCUUUUACGCUCCAUCUGGAUGCCUCCUCAGCUGUCAGACUCUGGAUGCGCUAUUUCUUUAUCAAACUCAACCAAAUGGUGA